AUGGCUCCCUUCAUCCGCAGACGUAUCCUGCUCAUCACCAACGUCGAGUGUGGCGAGCUCGAUGUCUUCCUCGCCACGGCUCAGGCUCUGCUCGAGGCUGAUCCCGGCUUGGAUCUUCAUCUGGCCACCUUCCUUGGCGUUGACGAUGACGUCCUCCCCGUAGGUGUCACCUAUCAUCAAAUCAACGGCAUCUCCAUGUACCAAGCCCUCGAGGAACACUACGCGCGUACCCCAGAGGAGGGAAGUAUCUCUGAGCCCCUCGACGGACCGCCUGGCUUUUCCAAGACCAGACGUGCCAUUCGUGCCUAUGCAGCCCAUAUCAUGCCCUACACUGGUCGUCAGAUGGUGGACGUCUUCACUUCCAUCGUCGACAUCAUCAGAAACCUCAAUCCUGACUUGGUCGUUGUCGACAGCCUCAUGUCGGCUGGCUUGACGGCCUGCUACCAUUUGGAAGUCAAGUUUGUGUGCCUUGGACCAAACGCCAUCAAGGAUUUUGCAGCUUCUGAGCAGCCUCGCAAGGCUGGCCUCUGGAAGUUUCCUGCGCUCUUCUCCCGCUUUGAGUAUCCUGUGCCAUGGACAAAGGUCAUGCUGAAUAUUCACUUUUCUUGGUACACUGCCAAGGCCAUUAAGAAUGACCCGCAGCGAAAGGAAGUGCAGUCAUACCUGACCGCACACACCAUCCUUCGCGGACCCCUUGAUCUUCUCAAGAACCGCCCCGAGGGCGUCAAGAUCUUGGUCAGUUCUCUUCCAGAGCUGGACUUUCCCCUCGUGGUCCCUUCCCACGUCAUCCCUUGCGGCCCCAUCAUUCGUCGCUGCCAGCCCCUUGAGGAGACUGAUGCUAAGCUCGCCGAAUGGCUUGCGCAUGGACGGACCAUUUAUGUCAACAUGGGAUCCGUCGUCAAAGUGCCCGUGGAUCAAGCCAUUGAGAUUGCCAAAGCCUUGAAGGCUGUGAUCGACAUUUUCAACCGCCAGACGGAGAAAGGCCGUCUUCAAGCCCUCUGGAAGCUGAAGAAGCGGGGACGAUACUCGGUCUAUGAACCGACUUGCAGCAUUGCCAAGAUUCUCCGUUCUGAAUUUGCUCAUGAUCGCGUUCGCAUUGUGGAUUGGAUUCAACCGGAACCCGUCUCCAUUCUCCGUACCGGUAACGUCAUCUGCUCUAUCCAUCACGGCGGUGCCAACUCAUUCAAUGAGGCUAUUGUAGCCGGUGUCCCGCAACUUGUUCUUCCUGUUUGGGGAGUCAACUACGACUACGCCCAGCGCGUGGAACGUCUCGGCGUCGGCCGCUGCGGCAACCGGUCUUCUCAGCCUCGCUGGAGCACCGAGGAGGUUACUCGUGAGCUGCUCCACGUCCUGGUUGGCGAUGACGCUGUGAUCAUGAAACAGCAAGCCGCGGCCGUGAAGAAAAUUUGCAAGCAGAACGGCAGCGGCGCUGAUUGUGCCGCCAUUGCGAUUUUGAACGAGUGCGAGAUUGAGGAUUCCAUGUGGCUGACGAUACAGAAUCAUACCAACAUGAAUGCCAAGGCACAUGUCGAUUACCCCUACCGCAUCGCCAAGCUUGCUGUCGCCCAACGUCGUCCACAAUCCUUGGAAGACGUCCACUCUGCGAUCACGAAACACAAGAGAACAGAAAACCACGACUCUUCUUGGCAGAGAAGAAUACAGCAGAAGCAUCCCAACGUCCUUAUUGGAUGA